AAUUUGUACAGUCGCCAUCCAGUCCCGUCCCAUUCGGUAAAAAUUAUGAAAACUGAAAAGAGAUGAAAAGAAAAAUUGAACUUCCGAAACUGAAAUAAACCUCGUAAAAGAAAACAACGACAAGUCGACAACCGCCGGUGGCGUGGCGGUAGUGGCGGUGGGUGGAGGCGCCAAAAAAUCAACACCCAAAAAACUACACAGCGAUCCUACAGAGAGGAAAAGAAAACACUCAUCCAGUAUAGAACUUGCAUAAUCCUGGCCUUGUAUGCGCAUAUCCGGUACUUUUCUUUUAUCAAUGAUUUUCCGUUGGAUUUGAAAUCUCCGGCGCUUCUCUUCAAAUCAAACUGAGCCAAACUCCAAAGUUCUUCUGUUGAAGUAUUACCUGUAAAUUUAAUAGUAUUUAUUUCAUUUUCGAACAAAUUAUGUUGUUAAAUGUUGUAAAUAUAGAAUCGUAUUCAUACUCGUGAGCAUAUAUCUCACCAUUGUAUUUAUUCAACGAACAAAUGAAGAAUCCAACCAUGACAGAAAAAGGAAUUGGUUUAGUGUACGAAUACGAUGAUCUAAUUCGAUGCUACGAAGUAUUGUUAGAGAACAACUUGAUCAAAGAAUUUCUCAAUUACACAAAACACCAAGAAGCAUUGCGAUUGAAACACAUCGAAACUUCGAAUGAAUGCAAGCGUUUGAAAAUCUGCCUGGAUGCAGCCAAUAAAGACAUCACAACUUUAAAUUCUAAGCUAACAGCAGCUCGAAAAUGGUUAGAUUCAGAACGACUGCAACGUAAACAAGUGGAAAGUGAACGUGAUUCUCUGGCUAAUACGUUAGAAGAAUUACGCCGUUUACUGUUGAACGAUCAGCGUCAUAAAAUACCCGACGAAACUAGGGAGAAAAUUACGUCGAUUAGCAGAUCGAUUCAAAACUCGUUGAGUGGUUAUCGGACUCCGUACGAUCGUUUAAAUACGAUCACCGAAUUUGAUUCGUCUUCCGUUUCCGAAGUUAGUAUUUCAAGAUCGGAAGACGAUCUCGAUGAUACAAAUCCUCGUAUUAAUCGUAAACAUCGGCCUUCGUAUUUGGACGAAGAACCUGUCACUCUGAGGAAAAAGAAAUCUGCUGUGUUUCCCAUCACACCCACUGCUCCUAGAGCCGAAUCACUAGAGUCUUUGGAAUCCGAUCCGAGAGAAGAAUUUAAAGAAAAUUUGCGUACUCCGUUCCUCGAUCGGUUGAAUUCUAGAGCUCAUAAUUUUGUCAGCGUUAGUACCUAUUUAACAGCCGAGAGCUGUUUAGGUUGCGAGAAAUCAAUUCGACGCUUUAAAGGUUUUUUGAAAUGCAACGAUUGUAAUGCUAUUACGCAUCAGGAAUGCCGUGACAAAGUACCAUUACCAUGCGUACCGAUGGGUACUCCGACCAAGCCAGGAGUUUUUAGAACUAUCGCUGAUUGUGCUCCAUCUGUACCGCCAAUGGUACCAGCUAUCGUUAUUCAUUGUGUAAAUGAAGUCGAACAGAGGGGUUUGAGCGAAGUUGGAAUUUAUAGAAUACCGGGUAUUGCUAAAGAAGUGCAACAAAUCAGAGAGAAAUUUGCCAGAGGCAAAGGAGCUCCAAGCUUAGUCAAGGAAGAUAUCAACGCUGUAUGCUGUUGCCUGAAAGAUUUCUUAAAUCAUCUGGACGAUAAACUGAUUCCAAAAUCAAAAUGGGAAAAUUUCGCCGAAGCUGUUUCCAUCCCAGAUGAAACUAAUAAAAUAAACAAAUUAUAUCAAGCUCUUUCGACUCUUCCUCAAGCCAACAGGGAUACGCUGGCUUUUUUAAUUCUGCAUUUACAACGAGUAGCUAGCACAGCAGAGUGUAAAAUGCCUAUUCCGAACUUGGCAAACGUGUUUGCUCCCACAAUAGUCGGACGUCCUGAUUUGGACUGCGAAAAACCAGAGCACGCCUUUACCCAGAAUCAAAUCAGUAUCAGAGUAAUGGAAGAGUUGCUCGGGUUGCCUGCUGAAUAUUGGAAAAAUUUCAUAAAAGAACCGCCUGCGACGUUCAAGACACCCUGUACAUUACGUAAUACUCCUUCUACCGAGAGUCUAAUGAGAAAAACAUCACGUAAAUUUUUACAAACUCCACGUAGUGGAAAGAAAUUCUUCGGUACACCACCUAGCUUUAGAAAUCAUGACAAUUAAAACUGUAUUAUGCGAAAGAUAAUCAUUAUUUAUAAGGAUAUUUAUCAUGCACAGGUGAACACUCGUAUUUUAUUUUUUAGUUUUUCAUUUUAUUUAUUCGGUUUCUCUCUAGAUUUUAUAUCUCUCGAGUAAUUUUCUACUUAAAUUUUUUAAUCUCGAUUUUAAUUUAUCCAUAACAUUGUAUAGAUCUGGAUUUUAACCUCAAAUACAGUAUUGAAGUAGGUAUUUUAA